AUGGCCUUCGAGAAUUACAAACCUUCGCUUGACGAUCCAAACGCUUGGGUACCCUACCGAUACUAUCCCAGCGUUCCUGCUGCCGCCGUAUUCAUCGCUCUUUAUUUUAUCGUGACCAUUGCUCACAUCGUUAUCAUCGUCACACGUCGAACAUGGUCAUUCACGCCUUUUAUUAUCGGUGGUCUUUUUGAACUUGUCGGUUACAUCGGUCGGGUUAUAUCAGCCGGAGACAUUUGGGCUCUAGGACCAUACAUUGUUCAAAGCAUCUUACUCCUUGUUGCGCCGGCAUUAUUUGCUGCAUCGAUUUAUAUAAUACUCGGCCAGAUCAUGAUCUUCGUUGACGGAGCACAAUUCUCUUUGGUGUCGAGGAGAUGGUUGACGAAGGUAUUUGUCGCUGGAGAUGUCGUCUCGUUUCUUCUACAAAUGGCUGGCGGCGGUAUUCAAGCAGCUGGCACAUUAGAUUUCCUCAAUUUGGGGGAAAGAAUUAUCAUUGCUGGACUUUUUGCACAAAUUGUCUUUUUUGGAUUCUUCAUCGUCGUUGCUAUAACCUUUCAGGUACGAUUCACACGACAUCAAGAGGCAUUGAGUCCGAGACUUGCGAAAUGGAAGAAGCACAUGCACGCGUUGUAUGUUGGCUCCUCGCUCAUCAUGGUCCGGUCCAUUUUUCGCGUCGUCGAGUACCUGAUGGGUAAUAACGGCUUCUUACUUCAUCACGAGUACCUUCUUUACAUUUUCGAUGCCACCCUCAUGUUUCUUGUCAUGCUUCUAUUUUUUUGGGUUCAUCCAAGUCAACUCAGAUCUUUAGUCCCCUCCAACGAAUCGUCCUAUACUUUGGUCAUUGGCGCAAACGACACUUUGAAACAGAAAGGAUCUUCGCAACACCCGAGCCAUCGAGUAUAG